AUGCUCGUGAUGGGAUUAGAGGACGAAUAUAAGCGCUCGCUGGAAUUUGUAGCCAACGUUGAUUUCAGUGUUUCUGAUGAUCCAGUCAAGGGAUUUGAGACCAAUAUUCGAUAUUUGGGAGGCUUGCUCUCCGCUUAUGAUUUGCGACCGGACCCCAUCUUGCUUCAGAAAGCCGUCGAGCUCACCGACACGGUAUUACUACCGCUGUUCGACUCGCCUUCCAAGGCUCCCUACACUUAUAUGGAUUUAACAAAAAUGGUACCCGAAAAGACGACUUCGAUCAAUUUGGCGGAAUUUGGCACAUACUCACUGGAAUUUACACGAUUAUCUCAAUUGACGGGUGACUCAAAGUACGCCGAUCUGUCCAAUUCGUUGAUCGAUCGUGCCAUUUCCGUGCAAUCCGAUAUUCCUGGACUUUAUCCCAUCGAUUGGGACAUCAAGACAUUUACUCCUCUGCCGUCAAGUGCGAUCUCUAUCGGCGGAGGCGCUGACAGUUUUUAUGAAUACCUGGUCAAGAAUUAUAUUCUUUUGGGUCAAAGCGACAGUCAUUUAAUGGAAGCGUGGGUGAAAGCCGUGGACAGCAUUGAGCACUACUUAUUAAGUCCGGCGACUCAGCAUUCCAGCGUCAAGUUCGCAGGGGAGAUCAGUAGAGGAAAGCCACAAUAUCAAUCCGGGGAAUUGAUCUGUUUUUGGCCUGGAAAUAUCUUGCUAGGUGUCCAUCUAAUGAGCCACGAAAAUGAUUCGACACAGCAACGCUUCCGUACGCUGGCAGACGAUCUGCUAACCUCUUGUCUCGAUGUCUGGACCCAUUCUCCGCACGGUAUCGCACCCGAAGCGUGGUCAUGGGAUCCUCAGAAACCAUCGACAUCGGGUAAUAAGAGCGACUUGUUCACCAUCAUCGACUCUUCGUAUGAUUUACGUCCUGAGACUCUUGAAAGUGUGUUUUAUUUUUAUCGCAUAACAGGAGAUCCCAAAUACCAGGAUAUUGCUUGGGAACUUUUCGAGGCAAUUAACGAGCAUACCCGCACAGAUGCUGGUUUCACUCGAUUGAGGAGCAUGGACACUGACGUUCCAUUAAAAGCCGAUUUCCAAGAAAGUUUCCUGUUUGCUGAAACCCUGAAAUACCUGUAUUUGACAUUUGUCGACAAGGAGUGCUUGUCACUCGAUGAUUACGUAUUUAGCACGGAGGCUCACCCAUUUAAACUGUCAUCUUCCAUCGCAGUUCAAUCCGAAUAA